AGAUGAGGUUUUCUUCCCUCCUUCUCUUCCCUCCCCAGCGCCAGCUCCCCUGGGUGUUUUCCAGGCUUUGGGCAGAGCAGGAGCCACCCCUUGGGCAAAAAGGGAAACCUUCCUCUCCCCCACAGGUAGGAGGUUGGUGUCGAUGUGACUAAUGGCGUUAGAUCCCCCGCAACACAGAGGUGGAGAUUCGAUGAACCUAUAAAUGGACUUGCUGGAGCAGAGGAAGGCUGGGAUCCUGUGAUGGCUACAAAACCCAAGAAAAGUUUAAGAGGCUCUAUUGAUGAUGUGCUUGGUGACCUCCUGGGAUAUGACGAUGAAACCCCUGUUAAAUCUGCUAGAGCUUCCCAGCCGGCCGGGAGCAGCGGUGGGAGAGCCCGGGGUGCCAGCUUGCAGGCCAGCAAGAAGUCCUUUCUAGAGGAUGAUUUCUUCAGCAAACUCCCUGCAGAGGACAUCAAAGCUACAGAGGAAUCCAGUGCCUCCGACUCAGACCCCCAAGCUCUGCUGCAGACCCUGAAGGACAUGGAUGAUAUGGAAGCUGAUCUCCUGGGAAUAUCAAAACCCAGUUCUGGGCCAGGGAAGACGACUGUGAAAGGUCCUGGAAAACGUGACUCCUCUGGAGGAGCAGUGAAAACUGCAGAGAAGCUGUUAGCUCCUGAGAAAGGAGAGUCUGCACCUCUGAUGGAGAAGAAGCCACUCACAUCCCCCCCUGCUGCCCGACAGUACAAGAAAUUCAACUUUGAAGAUUUAGAUGAUCCUUUGGCAGGGCUUUUAUCUGAUGAGGAGCAGGAUGCUCCCAAGAAGCCAGCUCUGACAGGUGCUAAAAGCAGCUCUGAGAACAAAACAGAACGGAGCAAAGAGAAAGAGCCACCCCCACCCCAGACGCCCCUGCACACUGCGGCCCCAGCCCGAAGGAGAGAGGAGCUCACGUUUGAAGAUGAUGGUGACGACCUGAUGGAUGCACUGGGAUUUGGAAACGGCCCAAAAGGAGAUGAGAAGCAGGGAAAGAAGGCAGAAGAAGAGGAGCUCCGGCCAGCCCGCUCCAAGCUGGAUGAGUUGCUGGGACGAGGCUCCGUGGCCAAAAUCCUGGAACAGCCAAGCAUGGGAGAGCACAGGGAGUUCCAGCUGGAUAAGAAGUACCAAAAGCAGCCAGAGAAGGAAGAGGGUUGGGAUGAGGAGGAUUUUGUCUUUGGAGCAUACAAGCCCACAGUGGCCUCCACACCUGAGGGCCGGCCGGCGAGGAGGCAGUCUGUGAGCAGGUUUUCAGCCGAGAACAUCAGUGAACCGACACCAGAACCGUGUUCCAAACCUCCUCCUGAAGCAAACAGGAGCCCCGCGCGGGGCAGCAGGGCUGGAGGCGACUGGCUGGGUUUGAAGGAUGAGGAUUUUAUGGAUUCAGAACCACCAUCUCCAGCAAAGGCCAGCCUGGCCGUGAGCUACCCCAGCCCUGCCGCAGCUGGGGAGCCCAGCCCCACCAGCCAGGGCCCAGAUGUAGAGAAGGCAGCAACUAAACCUGGCCCAGUGGAGGAGGAAAACUGGCUGAGCGCCGCCCUGUCUCGCAAGAAAGCCCAGGCAAAGGCCCGGGAGGGAAGUGCUGAGCCCUCGGAGGUCCCAGGCAAAGGGCUGGAUCCCUCCCGCUCUCCUGCCAGCCAGGCAGCCACCUCCACAGGAGCACCACAGCAGGCAGCUGCCCUGCAGGACAAGGCAGUGAGCACGGAUGGCUCGGGGCAGCCAGUCCCCUGGCUCAGCACCGCCAAACGAGCCUCAGCUCACCCGUCAGAGGCUGCGAAGGGAGAUCCCUCCAGAGACACCAGCGCCCUGGUGCCCACGGCCUUGAUCCCAGGAGAGCAGGAGACACAGGGCCCUGCCCUGCUCGCUCAGGUUACCUCACCCAGGACACAUCUCCAGGCUGCCCCACUGCUGCAGGCAGAGUCCCCAGCUCUGGGCUUGCUGCACGAGAGGAGUCUGGGGACUCCUGCAGCCCAGCUCCAUGAGGAUGCGACGGGCUGUCGGGCAGCCCUGCUCAGUGCCCAGGCCCGUGUGGCAGAGCUGGAGAGCCAGGUCCGGAUGCUGGAGCUGGAGCGGACGCAGCACAAACUGUUGCUGGAGAGUCUCCAGCAGCGGCACCGGGAGGACCUGGAUCUCCUCGAGAAUGCCCACAGGAGCCGGGUGAAGGUGGUGGAGGAGGCCUACGGGCAGCGGGAGGAGCGGCUGCGGCAGGAGAAGGAGCAGCUGGCAGCUCAGCUGCUGUCACAGAGCCAGGACGCGGAGCAGGCACGGGCAGAGCUGGUGGCACAGCACCAGCAGCGCCUGGCAGCGCUGGAGCAGCAGAGCACCCUGGAGCUGGAGCGGCUGCGAGAGCUGCAGAGGGUGUCUGUCCAGGAGAUGCGCAAAGACCACGAAGAGCAGCUCCAGAGGCUGAAACGGCUGAAAGACCAGGAGAUUGAUGCAGUGACCAGUGCCACUUCGCACACCAGGUCUCUGAAUGGUGUCAUUGAGCAGAUGGAGAAGUUCUCCAGCGACCUGCAUGACCUCUCGCACAAGGUGGAGGCCACGCACCACAGCACCUCCCAUGAGCGGGACCAGCAGCUCAGGGUGCUCCAGGACAGGCUAUCUCAGCAGCAGAGGGACAUGGAGGAGGAGCGGAGCCGUCUCCAGGAGGUGAUUGCCAAAAUGGAGGCGAGGCUGGGCGAGCAGACUCGGCUGCUGGAGCAGGAGCGAUGGAGGGCGACAGCAGAGCAAUCCAAAGUGGAAUCACUGCAGCACUCGCUGGAGGAGCAGCGGCGAAUCAUGACCCAGCAGCUCUCCAUGGAGCGAGCGGAGCUGGAGAGGGCGAAGAGCGCUUUGCUGGAGGAACAGAAGUCGGUGAUGCAGAAGUGCUCGGAGGAGCGGCGGAAGCUGGCGGCCGAGUGGGCUGAAUUUCACACCCGGCAGCAGCUGAGCAAGGAGCGGAUGGAGCGUGACAUGUACCGAGCCCUGCAGAUGGACUCCCAGAGAGAGGGCACCAUCAUGAGCCUGGCCAAGGAGCAGGCAGAGCUGAAGAUUCGGGGCCAUGAGCUGAAAGCCAAGGAGGAGCAGCUGGUGAGGGACAGGGAGCUGCUGGAGGAGGCCUGGCAGGAGCUGAGGCUGGAGAAGGAGAAGGUGAACGGAGCUGCGUUGCGCAUCCGGCAGCGGGAGAAGGAGGUUAAAAACAUGACCAAGCUUUCAUCCCAAAAGUAUGAGGAAGGGGAGCGAGCCCUGCGGGAGGCGUGCAGGAUAGAGUCCGAGCACCAGAGCAGGCUGCAGGUCAUGCAGCAGCAACUGGAGCAGCUGAAGCAGCAGGAGCAGCGUCUGCAGCAGGAGCGGCUGAGCAUGGCUCACCAGAGGAGACAGCUCGAACAGCUUCGCGAGGAGCUGCCCAGCAACCCCAUGAUGCUGCCGACUGCAGAGCAGGACCUCAGUACUCCUUCAAAAGGCCUCUCCAGCACGUUGUUUUCUCUAACAGCAGCAGCACCACGAAGUUGGGCUCUCCUUCCAGGCUUUUCACCUCCUGUCAGGGAGCUCCCUCAGCACAACCUGGGGGAUAGCAGGGAAACCCUGGCCAUGGCCGGCCCCACCGAACUCUAUGCCAAACUCCUGCUGCUGAAGCACAGGGCCCAGCAGGACCACGAUUUCCUAGAGAAUGAGCAGUUCUUCCUGGAGACCCUGAAAAAAGCGUCCUACAACACUUCAUCUCUGUCAGACUGAGGAGGUGGCGUCCCCACAUGCAACCCCAAGGGAGGGCUGUGUCCGUCCUCACAGGAUGCUGCUGUGCCCUUCACAUGGGGGAGGAAAACAAUAAAGGAACUGUUCUUUUUAAAAAAAAAAA